GUCAUGACUCAUGACUCAUAUCUGUGCUCGCCGAAGCUUGAAAGUGUUGGUCUUUUAACUCCAGGGUCAUUUCAUCUCCCAGGUUCACCUUCAUCUUCCUUCAUAUUUCAAUUUCUUUCUACUAUCUUAAAAUCAACUGAUCAUUCACCUGGUCCAGCAUAUCCAUCAUAGGUUUUUUCAUCAUGAAAUCAUUUGCUUUAUUUGGAUCAGUUCUACCACUUGUGUUAUCUGUAAUGGGGUCUUCCGAUUCCAUCCGUAGCUUGGAAGGUCGCGGUUUGACUGAUCUGGAACCGGAGCGCGCAAGUGAACUUAUCAAACGCUCCACAUCGCCGCCCAACGUUAUAGUGUGUAAUACCGCCGUAGCAGGGACUAUGUACUCUGAUAUGAGAGACAUUAACAAAGUCGUCACAUACGCAGUUCAAGAGCAUGUACCAUGUGCUUAUUUCAGGAGUGUUCUUUUCAUAGUUUAUGAUUGGAGUACGGGUGAUAUACAACCGGCCGCGUUUCAAUAUUCAAGUGCAAAAGAUGUUAAGAAUCAGGUUGGUAGCUGGAUCAACGACGGGUGUGAUGUUGCGCACCCAGUGAAACGUAACAACAAGGAGAUACCGCCGAGCCCAGAUGAUGGACUUGCAUUCAACACCGGUUGGCUGAACCCGUUUAUCGAAGACCUCCAUGUUCAAACAUGCCCAGAUGACGUCUUACAAACAACUCUCGAAAAUCUCCGAGCUCUUGGUCCACCUACCAGGUGAAUGAUAGUUCAACUUCAUUCAUUGUGAAUAUUACACUUUUAUCAACAAGUGUUCAAGUCGACCGUAGAACGCCAGAGUAGUUAUCUGUAGUGAUCCUCACUUUUGCAAGAGACUUAUCUUUCUUCACAUGAAGCUUUUCGCUCUCAAGAUGUUGUUUUUCUCUCAUACCCCGUCCGCGCUGCAAGAAAGAUGCGCAAGGACCAUUGUAAAUGCUGAUAGUGAUAUUUUGCAUCACUUAGAAAUAUAAGCAUUUGUGAUAAGUGGUGAAAGUAACCAA